UACUAAUAAAAUCUAAUUAAAAACACAGGGAAUGCGCUCUUAUACUUAAUAAUCGUAAAUGGGAAUCAGAAAAAUCUAGAAUACAUUUUGAGAGUGGAGUGCGAAUGGGUAUGGGAACUUUCAAUCUUAUGAUUUCUUUAUUACCAGCCGGAGUGGUGAAAGUUUUGGAGUUUAUUGGUUUCUCCGGAAAUAAGGAAAGCGGCUUAGAAGAUCUUCAUACUGGUUACAACCUAGCGGGGCUGCGACAGAUUUUAUGUGCAAUGACUUUAUUAGGAUAUCAUUUAAUAGUGUCUUAUGUUUUGAGCCACCAAGAAGGCGAUUUAAAAUUCGCAAAUGAAAUCUUAAAUAGCCAACUGGAACUGUAUCCAAAUGGAGUUUGGUUUCUAUUUUUUAAAGGACGCCUAGAGUUUAUGAAGGGUAAUUUAGAAGAAGCUCAAAUUUGGUAUAAAAAAUCCUGGAAAUCUCAAAAUGUCUGGCCGCAGUUUCAUCAUUUAAGCUUCUGGGAAUUAUUAUGGGUCAAUUGGUAAGUAAUUGGUAAGUAA